AUGAAAGUAUUGGCAUUUGUGUUUGGCAGGGAUGUUCGGUCACCAGGAUGCUGCCAAAAACUAGAGGCCUUCAAAGAGGCAGAUGGACAAGGAAAAAUGAAGCGGAAUAAUGUGGUACAUGAAAACAUUGGCAUUUGGCAGGGAUGUUUGUUCACCAGGAUGCUGCUGAUACUAAUGUGGCUGCUGAUGCGGCCAUGUCCCAUAGUGUGUGAGAUGAAUUCCAUCAACUGCACCAUAUUCAAUGAUCCCGUUCCUAUUCCUCACCAGUUUUAUCAGUCAGGGGACGUACUCAUUGGUGGGAUCCCCUCUCAAGCUGCAUUCUCAAAUAACCUUCUUUCUUUCAUAGAACAUCCUGCACAAAUGGUGGUUGAUGACCCUGCGUCAGUAACAAAAUACUACCAGCAUAUCUUGGCCUUGGCAUUUGCUAUCAAAGACAUAAAUGAGAAUCCCAACUUCUUAUCCAACAUCAGUUUGGGUUUCUACAUCCUCAACUCUUACCCUAUUGGAAGUAUGACAUAUAGGGCCACUCUCUACCUAUUAUCUGCACAACAGAAGCUGGUACCCAACUUCAGCUGUACUACACAGAAGAAACUCAUAUCACUCAUUGGAGGACUUCUCUCUGAAGUCUCUGCUAAUAUUGCCACCAUUCUGAACAUCUACAAAACUCCACAGGAUGACAAAAAGCAAUUCCCUUUUGUGUAUAAGAUGGUUCCUAAUGAAGCCUAUGAGCAUAGGGGAGUUGUCCUACUACUGCGCCAUUUUGGAUGGACUUGGGUUGGCCUCCUGGCUGUGGAUGAUGACAGCGGAGACAAGUUUCUGCAGACUGUGGAACCAAUACUGAUUGAAAAUAGCAUUUGUGUUGCUUUCACUUUCCGAUUAGCCAAACCAUCUUAUGCAGAAGAAUUCGCAGAGUUGUUUUUUAUGCAGUGGGAAAAAUACCCAGUUCUCUUGGACAGAAAAGCCAACGUAUGUUAUGUACAUAGUCAACCACCAGCCAUGAUGAUACUACGUUCAAUCUUACUUCAGGCACCCAUAUUUUCAUUACCCUUACCUGGGAAAGUGUGGAUUACUACAUCCCACUGGGACUUUGAGUCAGCCUCUAUCCAAAGGUUUUGGGAUAUUGAGAGUUUUCAUGGUGCCCUGUCCUUUGCAGUCUAUUCCAAUCAGCCACCCAGAUUCCAACAAUUUCUUCAGACCAUAAAACCUUCUUGGGAUAGAGGAGAUGGUUUUAUUCAGGACUUUUGGGAGCAGGCAUUCAGUUGUUCAUUGAAAGUAUCUAAAGAGGAGAAGGAAAAUAAACAGACCUGUACUGGGGAGGAGAAACUGGAGACCCUUCCUGGGGUUUUGUUUGAAAUGGGUAUGAGUGGUCACAGCUACAACAUCUACAAUGCUGUCUAUUCAGUGGCACAUGUUUUGAAUGACAUCCACUUAUUGAAAUCCAAACACAAAAGACUGGUAGGAGGAGGAAGGGUGGAUUUCCAGAAUGUACAGGCUUCACAGAUCCACAGCUUUUUAAGGAGCAUCUUGUUCAAUAAUAGCAUUGGAGACACCGUACGCUUUGAUAAAUACAAUGAAUUAGUGACAGAUUUUGAUGUUACCAACUGGGUUACCUUCCCAAAUGGCUCAUUUGUUAGAGUCAAAGUUGGAAUACUGGCUCCCCAUGCCCCUCCAGGCAAGGAACUAAGUCUUAAUGAUGCUCAGAUUGUGUGGCAUGGAAGUUUUAACCAGGUGCUGCCUCUAUCUGUGUGCAAUAAUCAUUGUUUUCCUGGCUACAGCAAGAGGAAGAAAGAGGGAGAGAAAUCUUGCUGCUAUGAUUGUUCUCCAUGUACAGAAGGGAUGUUCUCUGAGCAAAUGGGUAGGAGAUACAUGGAAGCCUGUGUCAAAUGCCCCGAGGAUCUUUAUCCCAGACGAGAAAAAGACCAAUGCAUCCCCAAGCGUAUAAGCUACCUCUCUUACCAAGAAUUUCUAGGGAGGGUGCUAGCUAUGUUGGCUAUUUCUUUAUCUACGGUGACAGUCCUGGUGCUUGUCACUUUCAUUCAGCACAAGAACACGCCCAUUGUCAAAGCCAACAACUGUAGCCUCACCUAUAUUCUUCUCAUCUCCCUCCUGCUCUGCUUCCUCUGUUCACUGCUCUUCAUUGGGAAACCUGAGAAAAUGACCUGUCUUCUUCGACAAGUGACAUUUGGCAUGGUUUUCUCUCUGGCCCUUUCCAGUGUGCUGGCCAAAACCAUCACUGUGGUUCUGGCCUUCAUGGCCACCAAACCAGGAUCCAGGAUGAGGAAAUGGGUGGGCCAAAAAAUGUCAUAUUGUAUUGUCCUUUCUGGUUCUGUAAUUCAAGCAGCUAUUUGUACUCUUUGGCUCAGUACUUCCCCGCCCUUCCCAGAUCAGGAUAUGCACUCGGUGUCUGGGGAGAUCAUUUUGGGUUGUAACGAAGGGUCAGGUGUCAUGUUUUACUGUGUUAUGGUCUAUAUGGGCUUCCUGGCCAUUGUCAGUUUCACUGUGGCUUUUCUAGCCAGAAAAUUACCUGACAGUUUCAAUGAAGCCAAAUUCAUCACUUUUAGCAUGUUGGUCUUUUGCAGUGUUUGGGUGUCCUUCUUCCCAACUUACUUGAGCACCAAAGGGGAAUCCAUGGUGGUUGUGGAAGUCUUCUCCAUCUUGUCAUCCAGUGCUGGGUUGUUGGGUUGCAUCUUUUCCCCUAAAUGUUAUAUCAUUUUGCUGAGGCCAGAGCUGAACAACAGGGAUCAGUUAAUUAGGAAAGGAUAA